UUUUUUCUUUUCUUUUCUUCUUUCACGACGUCCUUCGCUGCUCGGAUGGGAGUUAAUUAAAGUUUUCCUUUAGUCGGAUUUUCACUUUUAGACAAUUAAAUUAUUUGAGUUUGUCAUCUUCAGGGGUGGUUUAACUCUUUGUUACUUAAAAAUGCGUGUUGUAAUCCCGCAAAUCGCUUGGCACAAUAGAGACCCCGUUCUUUCUGUCGAUUUUGACCCCACCACGAAAGGAGAUGCAGAUUUCUAUCGUAUUGCGAGUGGGGGUGGCGAUUGCCAAGUUUUGGUCUGGCAUCUCAAGGCUGCCGAUACUUUGAAGCCUGAGUUAACCUGCGUGGCAGAAUUAAAGAGGCAUGAGAAGCCAUUGAACAUCGUCCGCUUUAGCCCUGAUGGUUCGUACAUCGCGACAGGAGGAGAUGAUGCAUAUAUAAUUUUGUGGAAUCGUGGCGAAAAGACGACAGAGAACGAAGAGAAUUGGCAGUUUGAAAAGUCUAUGCGAAAACAUAUUGAGGAUGUCAGCGACUUGUGCUGGUCUCCUGAUGGGUUGUUCUUGAUAUCCGGCUCAAUCGACAACUCCGCAGUGUACUGGGAUGUGAAGAAGGGACAAGCCCUACAUGUUUGGAGUGAAAAAGAACAUACAGGGUUCGUUCAUGGCGUUGCAUAUGAUCCACUACAUGAAUUCGCAGCGACAAUGUGCAUUGAUAGAAAUCUACGAUUCUUCGAUCUCAAGACCAAGAAAACCACUCAUAAAGCACUCAAAUACCCUGACGAUUGGAUUAGUGCCGAUAUACAAAAUAAGUUGGAUAAUGUUGAAAAAGAGAACAACGUGCCAGUUUCUGGCCUUGCUCAAGAUGCUACAACUGAAGUACAACAGGAAGUUCCUGUAACAAAGAAGGCACCAGCAUUUGUGAAUCGGCUUUUUCAAGAUGAAUUUCUCCCAACGUUCUGUCGCCGCCUUAGUUUUUCACCAAGAGGAGAGUUGCUGCUUGUUCCAGGAGGACUUUUACCGCCAGGACAGACCACUUCCGGUUCACUAAAUAUGUCGGAAGCGAUGGACAAUGAAGAAAAAACUUCUUCUGCAGACGAGAGUGAUAAGAAGAAAGACAAGAAAGUUAAAAAGAAGACGACUUCAGUCAAUAAUUCCAUUAUCGUCUUUUGUCGCCAUUCUUGGACAAAUCCUUGUGCCGUGAUUCCUACCCUAGAUUCAUAUUCCAUUGCUACCCGUUUUUGUCCCAUUUACUUCAAUAAGUAUAGAAAAUCUGUUUCAUACGGCAUCGUCCAUCCAAAAAAGAAUGAACGAUCGUUUUCCUGCAUCGGAAGGAUUGCUACCCAGAAAGAUGAUAAGCAUGCCUUGAUGAAAAUGCCAUAUCGUUUGGUUUACGCUGUCGCUACUAAUGACACUGUGUUAAUUGGUGAUACUGCGUCUUCUUCACCGUUGGCUGUUAUCCGAAAUAUUCACCUAGCAAGGAUAUCUGAUAUCACUUGGGCAGCGAAUGGUCUAGCUCUGAUUGUUUCAUCUACCGAUGGCUACUGUUCAAUAAUUACAUUUGAGAAGGGGGAAUUGGGAGAUGAAUUCACUGUAGAGGCAGACAACCCGUUUCCUGUAUUGACACGUGAUUGCUUCCCGAUCUUACCCCUUGAACCCAAGCCUGAAAAACAAUCGAAAAAGAAAACUCCUAAACCGAAACCUGAUGCAAAAACGGCAAAAGAUAAGGAAACGAAACCCUUGAUCAAGAAAAAGCCAGUUGUUCAAUCCAACAAGAUUACAACUCUAUUUGACAAUAUUGCCGCUUCCUCCUCCUCGUCUUCUCCUGCAGGGCCUAAGAAGGUUAUAUCAACGAUGUCGUCCAACCCGACUGAACAAUCUCCGUCCACUCAAGACCAAUUAUCAAAGCAAACUGACAAUAAUGAGUCAGCUUCAUCAACUCCAACAAGCAAAUCCAAAAGAAAAACGUUUAUGGACGCUUGGGUUAAGAAGACCCCAAAAGCUGAAGCGAUAGAACCAUCUGCAACAUCAGGAGGUGACGAUUCGAGCUCUAAACAACAGAGUCAACCAGAAGUCAUUGUUCUCGACGAGAAUAGUGAACCAGAGUCAUGUGAUGGAACAGAAAAAGUGCCCGCCACUGAUUCAUCAGUAUCAAAUUCGACUGUCAAGUAUCCAAUGACUCCACCGUUGACGGCUAAACCAAUUGCUGUUCGUCGCUUGUCCACAACCAUGGUGUCUCCCCUUGUUACAUCACCGAAUGCCCCGCAGAAACGAAAACAAGGAGAUCUAACACCUGAAGAACAACAUCGACUAUUAACUGGGCCUAUAAAAUUCAGGCGGGUCAUGGAAGAAUCAAUGCCAAUAAUGGAAUCGUCAAACAGUUCAGCUACAGAUGAUGGCAAUUCUCUUUCUGCUGAAAACAAACACAAGUCAGAAAAUUCCAUUACAUCAGCUAGAAUUAUUUCGGUAUCGGAAACAGUUCCUAGUCUGACAACUAACAUUUCAGAAAUAUCUGCAUCGCCUAAAGUCACUGACCCUAAUUGUCCUCCGUCGCCUGUAUCUUCAGGAUCAUCAUCUUCGGCUCGACCGCCGCGAAGAAUUACUCUUACUACUUUACCACAAGCUACGAAAAGCAACUUUGGAAAGUUGGAUUAAGAUGAUAUUUUCUACAAAUUUAUUAGUACUGAGCGGUUUUUUGUUAAUUUAUGAAUAGAAAGGACCUUGAUUAAUUUAUUGAUUUAAGUAGAAUGUUGAGGGUGCCCCUCCUUCCGUUCCGUGUCAAGUUAUAUGUUGUAAAAAAAUUGUUUAGAAUGAUGAAAUUCCACUGUCCUUGAAAUUUAAAUUUAAACGAUCGAAAUUAUUCAUUAUUAUUUCCGUCUACUUGCUUAUGAUUUUUUGAACAUUUUUUGUUCUCGCAACUUUUCAGAAUAAAUGCGCUGUUUGGUACUAGAAAUAA